UUUUAACCACUUGUUGAGUGGAGCGCACACGGGGAACCAGAGGGACUCCUGGUUUAGAAGGCGUUGCUUUUUUGUCUUUUGCACGCAGCGUCUUAUUUAUGAAGGCUUUUUGAAUCGGACACAUUUCCCCCCGUUACUUCCUGCCGAACCUGCGCGCUCCAGCAAACAGACACGAACUGAAAAAAAAAAAAAAAAAAAAAUCUAGUGAAAGCUUCUCAAAAAGUGGUCGUCAUGUCUGGGGAAGAGGCUCCAACUCAGCAGCAGGAACCGGAGCAGGUGAAGCAGCCCGACGAACCACCUCCACCGGCCGCCGCCGACGCCGCCGCAGAAGCCAAGCCGGAGUCCAGCAGCAGCAGCCCGGCUGCAGCCGAGGAGGAGAAGCCCGUCUCCUACCGGGCUCUGGUGCUCACGGGAUACGGAGGCUACGACAAGAUCAAGCUGCAGGUGAAGAGCAUGAAGAUGCCGCCGCAGCUGAAGGCCGGGGAGGUGCUGGUUCGGGUCAAGGCGUGCGGACUGAACUUCGCCGAGCUGCUGGGGAAGCAGGGGCUGUACGAGCUGCUGCCGUCCCCGCCCGUCACGCUGGGGAUGGAGGGCUCCGGGGUCAUCGAGGCGGUGGCGGAGGAUGUGACGGACAGAAAAGUCGGAGAUCGCGUCAUCGCCAUGAACCGCCACGGCAUGUGGCAGGAACUGGCGGCGGUCCCCGCCAACCGCACCUUCCCCAUUCCAGACGGGAUGAGCUUUGAGGAAGCGGCUGCGCUUCCUAUUAACUACAUGACGGCCUACAUGAUGCUGUUUGAGAUGGCCAAUCUCAGGCCAGGCAAAAGCGUCCUCAUCCACAUGGCUGCUGGUGGUGUGGGUAUUGCUGCUACCCAGCUGUGUCAGACCGUGCAGGAUGUGACGAUUUUCGGCACCGCGUCGGCUUCCAAACACGAGACCAUCAGCCAAGGAGGGGUUACUCACCCCAUCGACUACCGCACCAAAGACUACGUGAGCGAAAUCCGCAACAUUAGCCCAAAGGGAGUGGAUAUUGUCCUGGACCCUCUGGGUGGUGCUGACACCCAAAAAUGCUUCAGUUUGUUAAAACCUCUGGGCAUGCUUAUAGUCUUUGGUGCAGCCAACUGUGUGACGGGCCAGAAGAAGAACCUGCUGGCCAUGGCAAAGACCUGGUACAACCAGCUCACUCUCAACACCCUGAAGCUGAUGCAGACCAACAAGGCCAUCUCCGGCUUCCAUCUGGGUUACAUCCAAGACCAGGAGCUCUUUGAGAGGACCCUCCUCGCACUGCUGGAGCUGUACCGGCAGGGGAAGAUCAAGCCCCGCAUCGACUCCAGCUACCACUUUGAGGAGGUCGCCGAAGCCAUGAAGCGCAUGCACGAUCGUCAGAAUAUCGGGAAAAUCAUCCUUCUUCCCGAGCCCAAGAAGACUGAAGAGAAGCCAAAGUCCAACGCAGAGGCGGCGGAAAACGUGGAGAAAAAUGAAGCUGCCGUCAGCGAGAAGAAAGAGGAGGCAACAGAGGAAGUGAAAGCAGAGGAGGAUUGAGUUUCGGUGGCGUUUCCAGCACUUCCUCCACAAAUCUGUCCAAUCUUUUUUAAAAGGAGAAUACAAAACCAAGAAGAAAUGUCAUGAAUUUUGUGAUUUUUGUCAGUAUUCAGUUGUUUGUAUUGUUGUGCAAUAUGUCAAUAACGUUUUGUUGGGAACACUUGUUUUUUUGAAAUAAAAGUCCACUUUAUUCUGA